AUGCUGCUGCGUCGCCUCGGGGACCUUGCCGUGGCCUCCCGCAGCGCAGCCCCGGACUUGUCGCGGGCGCUGUGCGGCAACGGCGCGGCGGCCGAGAUGAUACCGUUGACGUCGAUCCGGGUGCUGCGCAGCGUCGAGGCAAUGCGCCGGUGGCGCAAGCCGCACACGAUCAACCACCGCAGCGUCGGCUUCGUCCCCACCAUGGGCGCGCUGCACCGCGGCCACCUUGCGCUCGUGCGGGCCGCGGCGCGCGACUGCCACCACGUCGUCGUCAGCGUCUUUGUCAACCCAGCCCAGUUUGGCGUGCGCGAGGACCUGGCUUCGUACCCGGUCACCUGGGAGGCCGAUGCCGCGGAGCUCGCCCGCCUGGACCGCGACAUCGCCGGUGACGGGGCCAACCUCGCCGGCGGCGUGUCGGCCGUCUUUGCGCCCGCGACGGCCGACAUGUAUCCGUCGGGCUUCCCUGGCCAGGCCGUUGACAGCAAGGGCAGCUUCGUCAGCAUCACCCCCGUGGGCGAGCUUCUCGAGGGCGCCAGCCGGCCCACCUUCUUCCGCGGCGUCGCCACCGUGUGCAUGAAGCUCUUCAACAUAGUCCAGCCCGACCGCGUCUACUUUGGUCAAAAGGACGUCCAGCAGACCGUCGUCAUCCGCCGCAUGGUCCGCGACCUCAUGCUGCCCACCUCGGUCGUCGUCUGCCCCACCGAGCGCGAGCCCGACGGCCUGGCCCUGAGCUCGCGCAACGUCUACCUCGGCACCCGCCGCCGCCGCGUCGCCGUCGUCCUGAACCACGCCCUGCGUGCCGCCGAGGCUGUCUACCGCGCCGGGAAGCUUGAUCGCGCUUCCUUGCUUGGCGCUGCGCGCGGUGUCUGCGCUGAUGUGCUCAAGGCGCAGAUGGCGCUCCCGCCGGACCAGGGGGCCGUUUUUGAGAUCGACUACAUUUCCUUGGCUGAUCCGGACUCUCUUGAAGAGCUGGACGCAGUGGACCCUUCACGGGGGGCCGUCGUAAGCGGGGCCAUUAGGAUGCUGCCGCUGGAACAAACCCGAGAGGGCGAGGAUGUCGGUCACGCCGGGGGGCCACUUGUCAGACUGAUUGACAAUACGAUUCUUCCACCAAAAGCCACGUAG